AUGACCCUUGUUUUACGGUAUGUUGACAAAAAAGGCCAAGUGAACAAGCCAUUUAUUGGUCUUGUUCGUAUUAGUGAUACAUCUGCAAAGUCGUUGAAAGAAGCAGUACUUUCUUUGCUAAUGAAACACUCAUUAAGUCCAUCCAAAAUACGUGGACAAGGCUAUGAUGGGGCUAGUAAUAUGCAGGGAAAGAUGAAUGGUCUUAAAGCUUUAAUUUUGCAAGGAGUGUUGAUAAUAUCAAACGAGUUGAGCAAAGCUUUACAGAAGAAAGAGCAAGAUAUUAUCAAUGCCAUGUUAUUUCUUGAUAUCACGAAGGAAAGGUUGCAAGAAAUGAGAGAUGAAGGAUGGGAACCAUUGAUGGAUGAAAUAGAAGAAUUCUAUAUUCCUGGAAAGUCGAAGCGUAGGCCUUCUAGUAUUACUUAUUCACAUAACUUACGUGUUGAGCUUUUUUAUGCAAUGAUUGAUUUGCAACUUCUGGAGCUUAAUAGUCGUUUUGAUGUUGUGAGUAGUAACUUGCUUCUUGGUAUGGCUAGCUUGAAUCCAGCUAACUCAUUUGCUAAUUUUGAUAAGGAAAGAAUAAUGACAUUGGCCAAGCAUUAUCCCGAUGAGUUUGGUGAAUUAAAGUUUCGAGAUCUUAGUCGCCAACUUGACACUUUCAUAUGGCACAUGGAACAUGGUGACCCUAGGUUCUCUGAUUUGAAUGGAAUUGGUGAUUUGGCAAAAGCAAUGGUUGAGGCAAAUCUUGUGGAGACUUAUUCACUUAUUUAUUUGCUUGUGCAAGUUGACUUUAAUUUUACAUAUCGCAACUGCAACGGUAGAAAGAGCAUUCUCAUCCAUGAAGUACAUCAAAGAUGA